UUUCACGCUUUAAAUGAAAUUAAAUAAAACUCUAGGAUGAGCCACGAGCUUAAGCCAGCCAGCGAUGUUUAGAUAACGAAAAUAUCAGAAACCUUGAGCUCAGACCAAAGAAGAAGAAAGCUGCCAACACAAAGAGAGAAAAAAAAAACUAAAUUAAAGAGAGAAAUGGAGUCGACGGAGUCGUCUUACUUGUCAUCCCCAGAGGUGACGAGGAAUAGAUCUCCGCCGCCUAAAUCGCCGACUUCUGAGAAUGCAGAGAAGCCUACUUAUAUCAGGUUUCUUGUAUCCAAUGAUUCAGCUGGUUCUGUAAUUGGAAAGGCUGGUUCAACGAUUACAGAAUUUCAGUCAAAAUCAGGAGCUCGAAUUCAGUUGUCACGCAGUCAUGAGUUUUUUCCAGGACCAUCUGACAGGAUCAUUAUGGUUUCUGGAGCAAUUGAUGAUAUACUCAAAGCCAUGGAACUUAUCCUUGUGAAAUUAUUGAAUGAGCUUAAUAUCAAUGAUAAUGAUGAUGCUGAACCUAGAACAAAAGUGAGGCUAAUUUUUUCCAAUAACUCUUGUGGCAGCAUAAUUGGGAAAGGAGGGGCUACCAUAAAGUCAUUUAUUGAUGGCUCCCAAGCUGGCAUUAAGAUAUCUCCACAGGAUAAUAAUUUUUAUGGCUUGAAUGAUAGGCUAAUAACAGUAACUGGCACUCUAGAUGAGCAGUUGAGAGCUACUGAUUUGAUUCUUUCAAAGCUUUGUGAAGACCCCCAUUAUUCACAAGCUAUGCAUGCCCCAUUUUCAUGCGCAGCGACUUAUAAUUCAAUAAACUAUGCACCAAAUGGAGCUGGAGUGAAGUUUCCUAAUCACAAGGAGGAUCAUAGCAACUCCGUUACGAUUGGUGUUUCUGAUGAGCAUAUUGGAUUGGUUCUAGGUCGUGCUGGAAGGAGUAUCAUGGAAAUUAGUCAGGUAAGUGGUGCCAGGAUAAAAAUAUCGGAUAGAGGCAAUUUCAUGUCUGGAACAACCGACAGGAAAGUCACAAUCACGGGAUCACAAAGAGCAAUUCGUCAAGCUGAGUCCAUGAUAAUGCAGAAGGUAGCAAACGCCACUGAGAGGGCGAUGGAUUAGUCUUCUGGUUAUCAAAAGGUUCAAAACCAUUUUCGUUGAGUCAUUUCAUGGAACCGCUCACGAAUUCCUCACAUAGUUUGGUUCAAGUUGUUGACAAAGCUAUAGGAGAAUGGAGGUAGAAGCAAGAACGGGGAAAUUUUAUAUAGCAGAGAUCUUUUUAGGUGUUUUCCGAAACAUACAAUCUAAUUUUAUUGGUUGGGAAAAACGGAUGUUAGAAUAGGCUAUCAUUUGCGUAACUGAGAAUUCAGAGUAGCAUAAUUUUCCUUUGGCUAUAUAAUUGUAACAGCUCGCAGUUGUUUACUUCUAUUGGAUUUUGAGAAGAUACUUUUU